AUGACGGCUGGUAAUAUUUCCCAUCCAGACAGUUUCUCUCAUCGUCACGACAACAGCACAUGUCCCGUAUGCCCCUUCUCUGAGGCUUCCGUGUUUUACCUGGUUCUCGGGUCGACAGAUCUGGCUCUGGGACUCCCCAGCGGGUUUUGGGCUCUUUGGCUUCUGGGUCAGGGUUCUCGUGCGGUUCUGGAGUCUGAGUUCUUCAUCGUCCAUCUUCUCGUCACUGACAUGUUCAGCAUGCUCGUCACCCUCUUGUCCAUGUUUCACUUUCUUCUGUGGUGCAAUCCGACCGUGGAGAAGGUCAUUUAUGUUCUGUACAUCCUGUUUCUGUAUGGCCGUCCGUUUUUCCAGUCAUGUGUGUGUGUGGAGCGUUACUUUGCCGUGGUCCACCCCGUCCUCUACCUCUCAUACAAAUCUCUGAAGUACAGGCUGACGGCACUGCUGACAACCUGGGUUGUCGUUCUCACGUUUUCGGUCGGCAAUAUGGUCGUCCUCAGCGCUAAUGUGCUGCCCUGCGUUUUCCUGCUGGCCCUGUGUGUGACCUCGUUCUGCAGCCUGUCCAUCCUCAGGGUCCUGAGGCGGCAGGGACCAGGAGACGACCAGAGGAGGAGGAGCAGUGUUAUAAAGAGAAAAGCCUUUGUCAUCGUCCUGUUGAUUCAGCUCAUGCUGCUGGUGAACUACCUGCCCAUGCUGUGUCUUAUGCCGCUGCAGGCAUUUGUGCGUGCUGAGGUGUUUACCUGUUACAUUUACCCAAUGGCCAUGUCUCUGUCCAUGGUGGGUGCUUUUGUUCAGUCCCUGCUCUACGUCCACAGGGCUGGGAAACUGGUCUGCAGCACCGCUGGGCCUAAACAGCACUGA